UAUAUAACAAAUAAUUUGAGUACAGUAGAGAUGGCUGAGAAUGAUUUCCUUGUUGCAGUCCAUUGCACAACGUCAGGAGUCCAGGGACAGUACAUGGGCUCAGAUGAGAAAGAAGUAAUUUACAUCGCAUACCAAGCACUUAAUGUUACUGAGAAACAGUUGCUGGAUGGUCAAGAUUCGAUAAUCAAGUCUGAACAGAGCAUUACCCCAUCCCUGCAAAUGCAAAUAGGCAUUACUCAACAAGAGAUUGACAAGGGCGUAACGUUCCAAGAAGCUAUUACUAAGUUCAACCAAUACCUGACCCAAAUUGGAGGGAACGUGCGAGUGAUCUGUGAUGGUCCUUCUCACCUCAGACAAUGUCUCCACCCUGACUCUGUGAGACGGGACUGUGCCCUCUCCACUCACUGUAACACUUUUACUGACAUCAGGAAAGAAUUCCACCUCCGGUUCCCGGCUGUUGACAUCAGAAAUAACUCCCUACACUCCAUGGCCCAGCACUCUGCACUGGAUACAGAUAUUAGACAUGGUUUGGGUCACUGCAGAACCAUUCUGGAGGUUGCUGUCAAGUUACUCAAUCAAGGACACAAGCUAUCGCAGCCUGAAGUUGUGUUUACGAAGUUCAUCAAGGGGCACUGUACGGCUAGUCACGCAGAGGAUGAAAGUGUGGUGAGGCUGAGAGGACUGCCCUACCAGGCCUCCGAUCACGAGGUUGCCAGGUUCUUCAGAGGUCUCAACAUCGUCAGAGGUGGUGUGGUGUUGUGUCUCAACCCUCAGAACAGGCGUAAUGGACUAGCCUACGUACGGUUCGUGUCUCAAGAACACAGAGACAUGGCCCUUCAGAGACACCGACAUCAUCUGGGAAACAGAUACAUCGAGGUGUUUACAGCCACAGUACAAGAGUUCAUGUCCCACGCAAAUACAGCUCUUAUUAACUACUACAACUCCAUCGUACCUAAUGGAGCUGACUACAUACUCAGGGUCCGGGGUCUCUCCCACGACAAGGAUUUCAGCGAGAAGGAUGUGGUAAUGCUGGUUGGAGAGGACAAGACGAACGAAGAAAAUGUCCUUAUUCUCCGCCACGUAGACGGAGCAUGCACGGGAGAAGCGUUCCUCUUUUUCUACCAUGAAGAAGAAGCCAGCUCUCUGGCCGGCAACGCUCUCUCAGCCGACAGGAAGGUUCAAGUACAGUGGAGUAGCCGGAGUGAAAUCCAACAAGCUCUUACUAACCUGGGAUACUUGUCCCCCUCCGUUACUCCUGUAGCUCCCCUCAACCAGUCCCUCUCAGCGCUGUCACUAAGCCCACCAGCCUCACCUCCAACAAGAGACUGUGUCCACAUUAAGGGACUGUCACAGAACGUUACUGAGAAUGACAUCGUUAACUUCCUGUCCGGGUAUCAGUCCUCGUUGAUAUGGACCCACAUCCACUACAACCCCAAAAGAAAGUGCAACGGAAGUGCCUACGUUCAAAUGUGCAACAGUGACGAAGCUAUCAGAUGCUCCAACGAAUGCAACCAGAAAUUCUUUACCGAUUGUACGGGUAGCCGUAUCGUAGAAGUGGUGCCGUGCACCCAAGAGGAAAUGCUCAACUCUGUUCGCAGCUCUUACUUCCUUACCCACUCCUCUUACUCCGUCCUUAUUGGAUCCAGUGCCUUCAAUGCUCCUCACCUCGUUCAACCUAGAAUGUACCUCCAACCUCAGAUGCCGGCACCAGGACUCUUCUACUACUACCCCACAGCUAUUCCUCUGAACGGGUACGGUGGUGGUGUGAUGGCCGCUUCUCCCGCCACUCCCAUGGUACGGUACAGGACAGCUGGGGCCUAUCUUCCCGCCGCUGCUGCAGCUCCGACACCAGAAAUGAUGGAUUACUCAAGCCUUUACAAUGGGGCGUACCAACACGACAUACAAACCAGCCCGACCAUGGAAUACUUCACAACCUCCAUGCUGCCUGACUACAAGCACGCCCAGCACGCUGCAUAUACCCACUAAUCAUGAUAAAAAGAUGAGGGAGCUCUGAAUCCUGAACUUACCGCCGCAAUGUGUCCUGACUCCGAUCAUAUCUCAAGAGACAUCUCACAUCUCCAGAUGAUAUCUUGCGAGGUGAUGAUAUUUUUAACGUGCUCAGCCCUCGGCAUGAUCGUGUGAUAUGAUCGAAUGUUAGAGGGCCGGACAGUAUUCCAUCUUCACAUGUCGGAGACACUGAAAGAGAGAGAGGAGAGCGUGACAAACAAGAUUCGUUAGUAUGUCUGACAAGUUCGUUAGGCAUUUUGGCUGAGUGCCCGUACGAGAUUGAUUUCGCGUCACAAGGGCGACUGUUAUAGUUGUUAAUAGCUCUGAUAGCUACCCCUACGAAAAUAGGUUUAAAGUUUUAUGAAGAUGCAUCUUUAUUUAUUAUUUCUGCUUUGAUUCCGAUAUGAUAUAUUAUUAUUUUGAUGUUUAACUCAGCUUAGUUAAAAUGUAGCGACCUAUUUAUUGUAACUCGCGAUUGUUAAAUUAUAUAACCUUAUAAGCUUUGUUUGAUAAUAUUAUGUAAUACAAUAAUUGUUUAAACAUGAUCCUUGGAAUGAUAAAGAUUUUCCGACUUGUGCCAUUUGCCCCUCCAUAAGUAUUGUUUCAAAAUAUUCAUUCUCCACAUUUUAUUGUUGUAAUGUUAAUUUCGUGUUAUUAUCAAGCUUCAUCCCUUCGUAACUUAGACGUAUUUGUUAGGAACAAUUAGUAACUAAAACUUGGUUAACAACACGAGUUGUUUUUGAAGAUGGCUACGAAAGUUUGCAAUCUGUUAAGGUUAAUUGACAAAGUAUGUUCUUAAUUUUGAUGUUUCCCCUUAUAGUUUAUACAUAAGGGCCAUUUCCUGUUCAAAUUUUAAAAACUAGCAGCGCUUUCGGAGCCGUCUUAUGUUAUAUCGUUCUCGUGAUAAGACCAAGAUUACAUCAUCACAUUAUAUUUGCUGACAGUUGAUGAUAUGAGCUUAAAUUAUGUCUGAAUCCAUAAAUCUAGUUGCAGUUUGAAAUGGAAAGAAUUGUAAAAUUAUCCAAGCAGUAUCGUCAGAUGGACGACCGUUAUUUUGAGAUUUUGAGUUCUUGGACGUUUAUGAUUAAUUGAUAUAUUAAUUUAACGUACUUUUGUAAGAUUUUACUCGCUUUUGGUAAAGUGUGAUUUGGUGUGGCCACGUAAUCGAUUGGUCAUGAUAUGACCAAAAAAGGUUUUAGUAACUGAUAUAAAAAGUUGUAAAUGAUAGAAUGUAGUAGACGUGGUCAUGUCAAACUUACUGCCGUAUAUAAAUACUUAACUUCACCUUUUGAAGGUUUUAAGUUGUCACGUGACAUGUAUUUUAUGCGAAACUCAAGUUACCAUGGUUACCAAGUUACCAUGGUUACCAAGUUCCGCAGGGAUCCUUUGGCUAGCGUCAGAUAUUUCAGGUUUUGUUAUUUUUUCACCAAAGAUUUAUUUAUACUGAUUUUAAACCAGCCCUUGUUUAAGAUAUGUGUCUUUUGUAACCACAGGGAAACCGGGCAACAUUUUGUUUUGAGAGUAGUAACCGUGCCUUUUUAGAUGCUAUAAAGCAAAUCUGCCACACGAAUAGCCCACUUUUUGAUACUUUUUAAAGGUCUGGCAGGAAUUGGAGUCAAGAACAAAACCCAUUUCCUCCGACUUUUCAUAGACUUUAACCGCUACUAUAGAGUACCUUGCCAUUCGUGUGGACGAUGUUUUUAAGCGUUAAUUGAUAUUUAUACAACAGGAAGUUUUCUUUCGACUUCAGUGAUCCACUGAAAGCCUAUAUACUUUAAAUUUACGCUAAAAUAUAUAACUGAUAAAAUGUUUAGCGUGAAAAGUGUCGUUGAUAUAUAACAGAGAUUUAGACAAGAUUUAUCAGCUUAGCUGAUUGUUAAAUCGUAACUUAUUAAAUGUUGAUGAAUAUUUACUUGUAACAUAUAUUGCCAUUUUCAUUUAAGCAGUGACGACAUUUAUAAAGUUUUGAGAAGUUAUAGUGAUAGCGUGAAAAAAGUUUUGUUUCGAUUUAGAUCUAUAAAAAGACAACUUAAGCGUUAGAAUUUGGUUUUGAAAUUAUAAAUUAUGAUAAAUAGAGUUGAAAUUACAAGUGCAACAAUAUUGUACAAUAGAUUUCGAUCUAAUGAAUGAUUUACUUUAUACCACCAAGUCACUUUUACCAAGUUUACGAGACAAGGUCACAUAAUAAAUUCAAUCCAAAUCUUUCCGUAUGAGACUGACUUGAAGAAGGUGACUUGAUGGCUAAGUUAAUAUGAUUUUACGAAGUUAAACAUGUCAAUAUCGACUGUUUCAGCUGUCCAAAUUUUGUAAAAAAAUCAUGUUUCACUUGUUCAAAACAUUUAUUAUCUG